CUUCGAUUAUACACCAAAUUCCCCUUUGUAAAGGCACACGAGCUCUCUCCUUCAUCGCCCUUCUCUCGCUCUCCCGCUUCGACCCUCUCUCUCCCUCUCUCUCAUGGACCUCGACGCCAAUCCCCAGCACCAAGAUUCAGAGGAGAAGCCCAAGGGCAUAGUCGUAAUUCUCAGCGGAGCUCCGGGCAGCGGAAAGUCCACGUUCUGCAACGAUGUCUUGAGCGCCGGCCGCCGAUCUUGGGUUAGGGUUUGUCAGGACACUAUUGCAAAUGGGAAGGCUGGUACAAAAUCACAGUGCUUGAAGAGUGCUGCUGCUGCAUUAAAGGAAGGCAAAAGUGUUUUUAUUGACAGAUGCAAUUUGGAGAAAGAACAACGUGCUGAGUUUGUGAAGCUUGGUGAUGAACAAGUAGAUGUGCACGCAGUAGUACUUGAUCUUCCUGCUAAGGUUUGUAUUUCUAGGUCAGUGAAGAGAUCCGGGCACGAGGGCAACCUGCAGGGUGGGAAAGCUGCUGCUGUGGUCAAUAGAAUGCUACAAAAGAAAGAGUUACCUAAAGUCAGUGAAGGAUUCUCGAGGAUUACUUUUUGUCAGAAUGAAAAUGAUGUUAGAGAUGCGGUUAAAAUAUACAGUAACUUGGGUCAGAAUGAUAACCUUCCGGCUGGAAAUUUUGGUCAGAAAAGCCCUGAUGCUAAAGUGCAGCUUGGGAUAAUGAAGUUUCUUAAGAAAGUUGAGAACCCUAAGAAUGCAUCUAAUGGUUCACAAGGUUCUUCCCCAAAACAAGAAAUUAAGGACAAAGACCCCUGUUUCAUGGAACUUGAAAAUGAGCAUGAGAAUAAGGAAGGUAUAAAGCUCAAAGACUCGUUGGUAGAUGAUAUACCUAUUCUGGCUUUCCCGUCUAUAUCAACCUCAGAUUUCCAAUUUGACCAUGGAAAGGCGUCUGAUGUUAUUGUGGAGAGUGUUAUUGAGUUUUUGAACAAGGUUGAUAAUGUCAGACUUGUUCUGGUAGAUAUAAGCCAUAAGUCACAUAUGUUAUCUUUGGUUAAGGAGAAAGCUGAGAAGAAAAAUAUUGACCCGAACAAGUUUUCCACACUUGUUGGAGACAUAACUCGGCUUUGUACAGAAGGAAAACUAUGCUGCAGAGUCAUUGCUAAUGCUGCAAACUGGCGAUUAAAACCUGGAGGUGGAGGAGUUAAUGCAGCUAUAUUCAAAGCAGCAGGUGAAGAUCUGGAAAUGGCAACGAAGGAAAGGGCUGAUACUCUUAGCCCUGGGACCUCUGUUGCCAUUCCUCUUCCUUCUACUUCUCCUCUCUAUCGAAGAGAAGGAGUUACUCAUGUUAUACAUGUUCUUGGACCAAAUAUGAACCCACAGAGACCAAACUGCCUUAAAAAUGACUAUGUCAAAGGUUGCAAGGUCCUUCGUGAUGCCUAUGCCUCUCUUUUUGAAAACUUUGCAUCCAUUACACGAGACCAAAGAUGCAACGAGGUAAAGAGCAGUGAUCCUAGAAAUGAUGCCAGUAAGAGAAGCAGUGUCGAUAAUUUGCACAAUGAUCAGAAGAACAAACGAGAUGGCUUCCAUGACUCCGAGAGUAACAAAAAAUCAAAACCUGAUGAUAACAUGGUAGUUUAUAAAGAUAAGCAGAAGAAUGAGAAAACUGCUGCAAAAAGGACCUGGGGUUCAUGGGCACAAGCUCUUCAUCAGAUGGCCAUGGAUCCUGAGAAGCACAAGGAUGCUGUCAUUGAGAUAUUCGAUGAAUUUGUAGCUUUAAAUGACCUUUAUCCAAAGGCAAAAAAACACAUCCUCGUGGUAUCAAGAUUGCCUGGUCUCGAUUCUAUAGCAGAUGUUCAGAAGGAACACCUUCCGUUGUUGAAGACAAUGCAUGAUGCAGGUCUUAAGUGGGCAGAGAAGUUCUUAAAAGAAGAUGCUUCUUUAACUUUUAGACUUGGAUAUCAUUCGGUCCCAUCAAUGCGUCAACUCCACCUUCAUGUUAUCAGCCAAGAUUUCGACUCACCACACCUUAAGAACAAGAAACAUUGGAAUUCUUUCAACACCCUUUUCUUUCGUGAUUCUACGGACGUUAUUGAGGAAGUCGAAAAGUCUGGAGAAGUGACUUUGAACGAUGAGAACUUGUUGUCUGUGGAAUUGAGAUGCCACAGGUGCAGGAGUGCACAUCCUAACAUCCCCAGGCUCAAGUUUCAUAUUUCUAAUUGCAAAGCAUCUAUUUCGUCUACUCAACGACUAGUUUUUGCGUCCUCAUAACUCAUUAAGAGUUCUGCUAGGUGAUGUACAUAAUCCUUUUUAAGUGAGAACCUCACUGAAGAAGAAUGCAUUUUGUGCUUGUAAUCAGCUGAUCCUUCUGGUUGAGUCACUGAUCUAGGUGUAACUUCAAUUUUGCUAUGAGCAGACAAUUUUAUUUGAUUUUUAGUGA